AAAUAAUCUCCCAAUCACUUCACUGCACGUGGGGGCUUUGUGGGGUUUUGUAGUCACUGUUAUUCUGUCAGGGUUGAAAUCACUGUCGUCUGCCUGGUAGCGAUACUUCGAGGUAAUAGCAUUAUUUUUUUUUACUAAGAUGAUACUGCUGUGAAUUCCCUUGAAUCCCACGAUGUUAUUGAUGUGAAUGCCAAGUGCUGCAAGUUUCACAGUAUGUGUAAUAUAGAGAAUACAAGGGUUGUAACGGUGUACCGACUCUUUCCUGGAGACAAGAAAGCGUCGUUAUUACAAAAUCGCCAGGACCCUGGGCGACGAGAAAGGAGCUGGAUCUGCUGGUUGAGAUGAAGAGCCGUGUGUGAUGCAGGUGUGGGCGGUGGUGGCCGUGCUGGCUGGCGUGGCCGGGGUGGCGCUGGGUGAUGCGCCCUGUGUCAAUGUGGACAGUCAACUCACACUGCCCUGCCUUUGUAAAUCCCGCAGCGGCAACAUUACAAUCAACUGUGACAAUGUGGCCUUCCCAGGGGACUUUCCUCUAUUACCCUUCAAGAUGAAUAUUGUUGAGUUCACGCAGAGAAACGCUGGAAUACAGGCUCUGCGAGGACAGCUCUUCACCGCUUCUGACCUCCCUCUCAGGAAGGUGGAUUUCUCCCGCAAUGCCAUCCGUCGUCUCAACAUGGAUGUGCUGGAAGGCCUGGAGUCUCACCUGCUUGAGCUUCACCUCAACCAUAACCUUCUGGGGAACAACUUUAAUCCCAGCUUCUCCUUUACGGAAGUUGCUAAGCUGACUGCACUCCAGACUCUGAACUUGGCAUUUAACCAUAUCCGGGAAUUGGAUGUUGGAUUUCUGGCAACUCUUACUAGCUUGGAGGUGCUUCAUCUGGAAGGAAACAGUUUUCUGGCCAUGCCCACACCUGCACUUAAGGGGCUGGACAAGCUGAAGGUCCUCACUCUGCAGGAGAAUGACAUAGACAUCAUCAAGAAGUCAGCCUUGCUUGAGACACCCACCCUAGUUUUCCUCAAUGUAUCACACAACCGCAUUGUUAAUAUCGAAGUAGAUGCCUUCAUGGAACUCUCCGAACUUGUCACUUUGGACCUUUCAUACAACAGAAUUGCUAAUCUGCAAGGUGGAACUUUUAAUGGACUCACCAGUCUUGAGGAGCUGGAUGUCUCUUCAAAUUUCUUGAUGGAGGUUCCUGCAGAUGCCCUGAAAGACCUCACCAACCUGAGGACAUUAGUGCUGCAUGACAAUCUCAUACAGACCUUGGGAGGCGUAGUGGCUCUCGGUCCCAUGGUGAAUCUCCAACACUUAGAUCUUACACGUAACAACAUUGGAGAACUUCCAACUGGUACUUUCAGGCAACUCUCUGGACUUAAAAUACUUAAGCUGGCUGUUAAUUCCAUGAGACAGGUGGAUGAGGAUGCAUUUGAUGGGUUAUCCUCAUUGGAAACACUCCACUUGGAUGAUGACAAUAUCCUCUCCAUACCCUGGACAGCUUUGGCCAAGGUGGGAACCCUGACCGAGUUGUCGCUGGACUACAAUCGUGUUGGGGUGAUCUCGGCAGACAGUCUCCAGACACUUACUGGCCUCCACCAGCUGUCCAUUGCUCACAAUAUCAUCAGAGAGCUACCACCAGGAACAUUCUCCAAUUUCACAUCUUUGGAGAGUCUGAACCUGUAUGGAAAUCAACUUCAAAACAUCAUUCCAGAAAGUUUAAUCGGUCUUCGAAACAGCUUGAAAUCACUGAAUCUUGGACUAAAUCGGCUCAAUGAACUACCACAAUUUGAUUUCCCACUGUUAGAAUCACUAGUUCUGUCUAAAAACAACAUAACUAGUCUUCCUUCUGAUGUUUUUGUUCUACUGCCAGAGCUCAAGAUGCUUGACUUGAGUGAGAACCAUCUUUCCUUGUUACCUGUUACCCUCCUCCACCCAAUAAGAAAACUUUCCACUCUAGAUCUCAGCAAAAAUCAAAUAACAGAAAUUCGCCCUGGACAGUUCAAUGAAUCUUUUAUUAAUGUUAUUAAUUUCCAACAUAAUAAAAUACAAGAGAUCCCAAGUGAAGCUUUCAGGGAUUUGCUCUUCUUGCACACACUAGAUCUGAGUCACAACAUGAUAAGGAGCAUCAGUGAUGGUGCUUUUCUAAACAUUCCACUUAUUCACAUUCUUCGAUUAAAUAAGAACAUGCUGCCAUCAUUCAAGAAGGAGUAUUUCAAACUUACUAUACCAGCACCAAAUACAGCAUUAAGGAUUUUAGACUUGAGUAACAAUGAUAUCACUUUCCUACAGCCUCGUGCCUUUAUUUUACAUAAAAAACUUACGUGGCUUAGCCUCUCCAACAACAGGCUGACUUUCUUUCCUUCAGAAAUUGUGCAUGACCUUGUUGAUUUGGAAUAUCUUGAUGCUCACAAUAACCAGAUUGAAAAACUUGAAGACAAUGAUUUCUCCAACUCAGUACGUCUGCGAGAGCUGAACCUUCAAAACAACCUAAUUGCAUCAAUAGCUGAGACAGCUUUCCAAAAUUCAACCCAACUUCAAGAUCUCAAUUUGAGUCACAACAAAAUCCAAGAACUUCCAGAAGAUGCCUUUUUGGGUAUUGCACGGCUUCAUCUGGAUCUCAGUCACAAUGAACUGAUGUCUCUUCCAAAAAUGAUAUUCCAACGGACAAAGAUUCACAAGCUUCAUUCAGUAAAUCUGGCUUAUAACCUGUUCGACAAAGUACCUGUGGAGACCUUAAGGCAACAGUACUUCUUCCUAUCCUCACUAAAUAUGGCCCACAACAACAUUAGUGGUGUGCCAAGCAAUGCUGCUAUUCUAGUUAAUAUAAAGACCCUUGACUUAUCAUACAACCCUCUCACUCCAGAGGAUAUAUUUACUUUGUUAAAUGAACCCAAGACAGUGCGGCAUCUGAGUCUUGCAGGCACAAAUGUGACAGAGAUUCCUGCUAUUGAAGCAAGAUUUCUGUUAUCUUUAAAUCUAUCAGACAAUAAUAUUAUUGAGAUCAAAGAAUCUUCCUUUCAGUUAACACAAAAUCUACAAGAACUUGAUGUGUCUAAAAACAAAAUACCCAAUCUUAGCUAUGGGCUGGCUAUGGCUUGGCCUAAGAUACCUGACCUCAGGAAAUUAGAUAUAUCUUAUAACCCACUUGCUUAUAUUGUGCGAGGCGAUUUCAACUACCUUGGCAAUCUUGAAGUUCUCCGAGCUUCCAAUUUGCCUCGAGUGGACCGCAUAGAGCGACUUGCCCUUGGGCCCUUACGGUCACUCAGGGAGCUUCACCUGCACACACUGCCCCAUAUUGCUGUGCUAGAUGUGCGUGGCAUCCUGGAAGGUCAUCCAGGCAUGGAAGUAGUGGAUAUUGAGCUGACUGACCGAGAAGUCCAUGAUCAACUCCAUCCAGCAUUCUACCCUAGGCUACGAAGUUUAACUGUCCGAGGUCGCUCUGUGGAAGCUUUAUCUGGAGGUGCCUUUGCUGGCAUCAAUAGCCCAGAGUUGACUAUUGGUCUUAUUAAUACUAAUAUCAGCAACUUAUUGUCAAACUUCUUUUUCCCAGUGCCAAUGUCUUCAAAAAUUGUGCUAGACAUUUCAGAUUCUGCCAUCACUUCUCUCAGCCCUCAGUUCCUGAGUACUCUGGAUUCCAAACAGCGCCAUCUGAGCCUCAUUGGACUGGAUUCCAAUCCACUAUUUUGUGAUUGCAACAUUCGUACUCUGAGACGCUGGCUGUUAGGACGGGGGCCCCGAGACAGCCUCUUUAAUGUGACUUGUGAUGCUCCAGCAAGCCUAAAUGGCACAAUUUUGACCUCAUCAAGUGAGGCAGACCUUACAUGUGAAGGUCGACCCACUACCACAACCACAGACCCUCCACUGUUUACAACAACUCGACGUCGGCCAACCACUACAGACAACAUCAUUACAUUUGAUGACAUGACACAUCGAACAAACACUGGUAAGGAUAAAAGUGAAGAUCUGAAGUCUCCUUCACGUGCAAGUGCUGGGCUCAACAUGGACACGGUUAUCAUUGGUAUAGUGGGUGGAGUUGUAGCAUUUGUGGCAAUACUAAUUAUCAUCAUAUGCCUUAUUCGUCUUCGCUCGGACUCUCAGUACCGUGGAGGUCCCAUGGCGGGUCCAUUGGCAAUGAGAAAUCAUGGAAAUUGUACUUGUCUGAAGCCUCCCCAACCACCUGGCAGCUGGGCCGGCUAUCCAGGCCCCUAUGCUGCAACGUUGCCCCCACCUCCCUCUUCCCGUGCUGGAACACUGAAAAUGCUGCCCCCACCAGCCACACCUAUUCCCUCAGCAUAUGGAACAGUAGGAGCAAACAGUGCACGAGGAUAUUAUCCAAACCACUCCUACUACAUGGGUUAUCCCCCAGAGAGUGAACAUGAACACCGGUAACAAGGCAGUUGGGGCACAGCAGGUUGUUCCUGCUGUGCGUUUGCUUCUGUUCUCAAUCAAUGUGGCUAGAAUGUGCCAUCCUUGGGCCUCAUCACAGUGCCCUACCCUCUUCAGCCCCACAAAACAUGUUCAUUCCUUUUGUCUGAUGCCACAAGGCAUUUCUCACUUUAACAAUCUUGGGCUGUUAUGUAUAUAUUUUAUAUACUAUGUAUGUGCUAUGUAAUUAAGUAUAAUGUUUUGAGUGAGGUUAAGAGUAUAAUAAUAUUUUCAACUAGAACUAAGGUGUCUCCACAAGUUUUGCAAAUAAGACAUUGCUAUCAUGAAUGAGCAACAUGCCUUGCAUAUCUUCUGACAGCAACUUCUGACUCAGGCUGACUCAGGCCAUGAUCUGAUUAGCUGCUUACUCGAUACUAAAAUCAUGAAAAUAUAGUGCAAGGUAUUUUUACACUACUGUCACUACUCACUCUGAUCAUGUCAAUCUGAGUUAAGAUGUGGAGGUUAAUGUACACAGUUUUGUAAAAAUAUGAAUUUUCUGAAUAUACAAUAGGCUUUUUUUUUUUUUUAUAUGGAUGAGACUUUAAACCACUAAUAACUUUUAUAAAUAAAAAUUAUUGUACAGUGUUCCUUCUAAAACUUCACAGGACAGAACUAUGUACCUUACAAGGUAGAAUUAUCAACUUAAUUUUUACUUACAGAAAAAAAUGUGCUCUGUUUAAUUAAACUUGGGAGAAAACUCAUUUCAUAAUUCAUCAUCAUUUUGGAAAGGCAGCUCCUUGUUGUUGAAUGGAUUGGAUUUAUAAACAUGUUUGUGUGCAAUUUGCUUGUCAGGUUACAUAUUUCCUAGGAGGAUUCUCCUUGGAAUACUUUUAGUACUAUGACUUUUGUUAUAUUUAUUAACUUAUUACUGUACUUAUCCUUGCUCUAUGCAUGACCAAACAAAUGUAAUUAAUUACUUGUCUUCACUUGUUUGAUGCAUUAAUUUUAAGUUUGAACUCUUCACUUACUGGUGCAUCUCAUAAUACUGCACAUUCACCUUCCCAUUCUCUUUAGUGCAUUGUAAUAUUAACAAUUUCCAAUUGUGAAAGUUUUGCUUCCAUAAAGCAACACACUUAGCAUGUACAGUGCAUACACAAUGUACUUCCUGUGUGCAAAUAUAGUUUUCUUUCUCUACACAUGAUACGGAAAAGUGGUAACAGAUUAUGUACCACAAAGCAAACCUAAUGCUGGUGUUUUACUAGGUAGUUGUUGCAAACACACACAAGCUAAUUUGUUCUUUUGUGAUGAAUCUGCAUGUUAGGUGUCACGCAGGUAUGUGUAUCAAGUGUUGAAUCAGGUUAUCAGUGAGCAGAAUGAACUGUUCUACUGCACCUUUAGCAAAUGUAAUUAAUUCACUUCACCAUAUACUACCUGCAGCAGGUGUAAUGUACAGUACUGGACAUGCUGCUCAGUGAACUUACUUAAGGUAAAUAUAAUGAACUAUGUACCAGAUCAUUAGCAAGUGACAAUUCACACAUUGCUUUGCAUGUAUAUAUACAUGACUUGUAUUAUAUCAGUGUUGUGUUGUACAUGACUUGUAUUAUAUCAGUGUUGUGUAUUAAGUGCAGUCAAUUAAUGCAGCUUAUGAUGGGAGCAGUUCAGUACAUACUUGAACUGUAGCUUGUAUAAUGUGCUCCACACUGUGUAAUGACUUGUUUCUAAGGCCAUCAAACCAGCUUGCUACUGGUCAUAUUCCCAUAGCUUGUCUUGGCAUCUCAGUGGUUUUGAAUUUAAUCUUCAAAAUGUACACUUUUCUUAUUCAUUCAUCAUUAUUUUAAUAAAGAGUGCUGGAAUGGUUGUUACCAAUGUGAUGUGCUAAAUAACAUGCAGAGAAACAUUAGUGCUAUGUGAAUCAGCCAUCCAUGUAGGUAAAACUGAUCUACUCCCCUGUAGGUGGUGGCUUAUGCCUUAUCACACAACAUUAAUAGAUGCUCCAUUUGAUAUAAGCAUCUGCAGAUGAUAGUGUGUUGUUACACAUCACACUCAUUAACAAUGGUCAUCAACAACUACACCUAUGCUUAAUGUAUCAAAAAUUAAAAUUCCCAUGAAGAAUGCUUUCCAUCCAGUAUAUCAUUACAGCUAUUUAGUUGAAUACCAGUUAUGAAUGACAGACAAUAUAUAUGCCCUUGCCAUAUUCAUAACAGUGGUACAAUGCUUUGAAUGUCUGAUCAUUAGCAUGCUGGAUGAGAAAAUACCAGCUGUUAACAGUGAACUACCUAACUUCUGGCACUCAUUUAAAAAAAUAAUUACUCCUGCAUACAAUGUCUUACUGUAUAAAACAGGGUCCAAAUUAAUGUCAAUAGCCGCAAAGUUCAGUGAAUCAUGUUCACUGCUUACCUCACUUAAAACUCAAUGCCUGUUGUGUGUCCAAGUUCACUAUUCUUUGCAUAUCCCCACCUUACUCAACCAAAGCCAUGCCUCUGCUCUGAUUGUUAAGCCACAGCCUUCAUCUUGGGGCCACACCAACUCCUCUCAUGCAAUCUGAAAUGGCAAAAGCUGUCUUACUUCAGAGUUGCUAAAAUAUUCUCGCAAUAUAUUAUCUACUGAACUGUAUAUGAUGAAUUAUUUUUCUUGGGAAAUGACCAUCUUAUUGGAGUUUACUGUGUAUGUAUAAUAUGCAUAGUGCUUUAUGGUAUAUAUAAUUCACUUUCCAAACAGGAAAGACUGUACUUACAUAGACACUGUACCACACUUGUUUUGACUGUUUUGAGUAUUUUGUUUAUUACCACUGUCGCAGCAGCUACAAAUAUCAAGGUUGCUAAAAUAUUUUUGUACAAUGACUUUAAUAAAAGAUUUUUU